AUGGCCAACGUAUCUGCCAAUCCCGAUGCCGAUCAAGUUCAAGUCCAAGACAUCGAUCUCAGUGACCCACAGUACACCAGCGAUGGUAUAGGCAAUCAUCCUGAGCGUUCGACCGGUAUCAGACAACCAGAUACAAUGUACCUCCACAUCCUAAGCCGUAUGGACAUCCUAUGCAAUUUUGUUGGCUCGCUACCUCGUGGCUACUCCUACUUUGGUCGUCCCCACGCCCCUCUCGGCAGCAGCAUCCGCAGAUACGACCUUUUCAUCUGGGGACAUCCUAGCGGUCGUUGCUUUCGCUCGCACCGUCAGUUCUGCCCUCAUGUCGUUAGUAUCGUUCAGAAUAAGCUCGACAACUGCGCAUGCUAUCUUUGCGCUAUCAAUGGUCCCUUGAGUGGCGCUUUUGCACCUCCGCCACCGCCAUCUCCCCCAGCAGCCCCUACCACUGUUUGA